ACAGCACUUGGGAACGCUGUGCGGUGUCGCCGGCCGGACCGCCCGGGGAAAGGUGCGCGUCCCGAGGGACCAUGGAGCCGGGGCCGCGCCCCGCCGGCAGCAGCUGCGGCAGCCCCGCCGGCCUCUCCCGGGAGUACAAGCUGGUGAUGCUGGGCGCCGGCGGCGUGGGGAAAAGCGCCAUGACCAUGCAGUUCAUCAGCCACCGAUUUCCAGAAGAUCACGACCCCACCAUUGAAGAUGCUUAUAAAAUCCGGAUCCGUAUUGAUGAUGAACCUGCCAACCUGGACAUUUUGGAUACGGCUGGACAGGCAGAGUUUACAGCCAUGCGGGAUCAGUAUAUGAGGGCAGGAGAAGGGUUUAUCAUCUGUUACUCUAUCACCGAUCGUCGAAGUUUCCAUGAAGUUCGGGAAUUUAAGCAGCUUAUUUACAGAGUUCGACGCACUGAUGAUACACCUGUGGUUCUGGUGGGAAACAAGUCUGACCUAAAGCAGCUAAGACAGGUCACCAAGGAAGAAGGACUGGCUUUGGCGCGAGAAUUCAGCUGUCCCUUUUUUGAGACGUCUGCUGCAUACCGCUACUACAUUGAUGAUGUGUUCCAUGCCCUUGUACGGGAGAUACGUAGGAAAGAGAAGGAGGCAGUGCUGGCCAUGGAGAAAAAGUCUAAACCCAAAACCAGUGUAUGGAAGCGGCUGAAAUCACCAUUCCGGAAGAAGAAGGACUCCGUAACUUGAAGGGAGGAUGUGCGUGUUCGCCUGUGAACCUCAGGGUUUACUCCGAGCAACCCAGUGGCCUGCACGAGUGAGCGUGGCGCUUGCUCCUUCUCCUGUCGUGACCGUUCCUCUAAAUGUAACUGAUGAAGGGGGUAUGCCUAGUGGGAGUCUUCAGUGACGUGGUGUUUAGAAUACUGUCUUUUUAGCUAAUUCUGAUUUAUUAACCCAGUGGAGCACUGUCUACUUGUAAAUUGUCACAUUAGAAUUUGAUCUACCAA